UAGAGCCACAGUGAAGGAACUGAAAAAAAAAAAAGGCUAAAACAUUCUGGGCACAGAAGCUAAUGGUGAAGAGAUCUUUGUGACCACUCCAUCUCUGGCCAAAAGAAAGCUUAAAUCCAAGCUUUUUUCUUCUUAUACGUAGUUAAGAUUUUUUUUUUUCAAAGUUUAAAUAUAAAGCUUCAGUUUUUCCCACAUCUAUGAUCCAUGAAGAAAGUUCUUUUUUAUCAUCAAUUAGCUUGAUUUGAUUGGGGUUUAAGCCUAGGAAACGUGGAUUGUCAAAUGUUUCAGGAAUCAAAGGCAAAAGGGUGUGACAGGAUUGAGAUCUUCAGAGGAAAGAAAAGAACUUGGAUUCAUUUCCAACCAAAAUAGCCGGAAUCUUUAUCUUUACCCAUAGGUAUUGAUCUUUCAAGAAUUGUUUCUUCAGCCUGCCUCUGCUCCUUCUAUUCCACCAAUGUAAGCCACUAUGACAUCAAAUGUUUCUGUCUCUAGAAAUUGUUUACUUAUUUUACCAACAAACUACUCAGAGUUUUAUCUUGUGAAGCAUACAGUUUCAAUCAAUUACUAAGGACUAUCUGGUAAGUUUUAUGUGGUCAGAUUAGAGUUGCGACACCAUAAUUCAUCAUGGCAAAGAGACUGCAGAGUGACCCUUGGCACCAUGAAAAUAACCAGUCAGGCUGUAUGUGGAGUUUGCUUACUAAAUUAGACUUCUUCCGGGUUAGUUCUAUUCUAAAGCUGCUUUCUUAUAGAAGGCGUCGAAACAGGCAUUCUGUUGGUGGCAGAUGCUCAAGAAGUAGACCAACUUUGCCGACAAGAAUUAAUAAAAUAUUUUGGAGCAUUGAUGACAGUGACAAAAGAAAAAUGCAGAAGGUUGAUGGUGGCAAGAGAAGUCUCAAGAAACUCAUGGAAGAAGAGAUGUUCAACAGGCAGCACCAAAAACAGCAUAUCAGUAAUGCUGCUGUGGAACAGAUACGAUCUGACCCAAGAUAUGGAAGCCAGUUGGAAAAGAAACAAAAUGUGCAUAAUCUCUUCAAGAGAAAGGUUAAAUUCCAGAACAGAAUCCCAUCAAAUGGACAUGAAAAUCCCCAAGUUUUGAACAGAACACUCAUUCUGAAACCAGAACCAACUGAAACUCCCAGCUCCUCAUUGCAAUCUUGUUACAACUUGAUAAAGAAAAGAGGGAGCAUGAGAAUUAGAAGGAAGUUUAAACUUGUCAUGCAAGAAAGUAGAAAUGAGUGGCAUUGGCAUCUAAUGCAAGGUGUUCGACACAGAACACCUUAUGAGCACCCAUGUUCAGAAGCUAGUGGUAGCAUGACUACAGAAAGGGAUUUUCUAAGAGAAACCUAUUUCUGGAAUGAAAAAAUCACCAAAAUUUCCAGCAAAGUCAAGAGACGCAAGAUAGGCAAGCCAAAAGGUUGUCAACCAACCAUUGGACAAAAAGAUGCUUCAACCAGUUUUAAGGUUAAAAAAAACAUAAAAAUGACAAAUGUCGAUUAUUACAAGCGAAGUAAAUCUAAGAUUCACAUCAGGGCUGAAAGACAUCUAGCAGACAUGGUCAGAACAAGGAAUGACAGAUCCAAUUUGUUGAGCAGACAGAUCCCACAAAAAUUGUGGAGGAUACUUUCACUGACUGAGUACAAUUUGUCACCUACAAGCAGUCCUGGAGGCGAAAGGGAAAGGAGGCAUAGUUUUUUAAGUGCACAGAAGAGAUAUGAACCAUAUGACAAUUUAUGGAAGAUUAGUGAGAACAUGUGGCAGCCUAAACAAGAGUACACUUAUAGCAAACCAAGCCCACCGAUGCAGAAUAUAAGUAGUCCAAUGUGCAUCAAUGACAAUAAUCCUGAAAACAGACUGCAAGUCUCUGACUCAAAUUCCGAUAUAUGGAAGGAGUUUCUGCUUGAUGCAGAACUACAAGGAAGUACUUGUUCAUAUAAACCAGAGUUGAGUGCAAAAGCUGAUGUUAAGGUCACGGAAAAAACUGAUAUUCAGUGCCCAGAAGAGAAUAACCUCCUGAAUGAAUCAUCUGAGCCAAACAGCAGAAUAUUCAUCACUACAACUGAUCAAUGUGCAGAUAAAAUUAAAAUUUUUGAGGACAAAGGAUCUUCUAAAUGCUUGAGACUGGACUCACAAGAAGAGCAUCAGCCAUCUUCAUCUUGCUUAUGUCCCUUCAUUCUGAGAUCUUUACUUAUUCAUAAAAUUGAAGACCAAAUAGGUAUUGGCAACAAAACAGAACAGCCAAGUCCUGUUGAGCCAUUCAUCCUAGGCAAUGUUAUCAGCAAUGGAAGCACAGGAUUCCAACCAGUGCUACAAACCUCCGGCUUGAGCUGGGACAAACUCUUGGCAAGGUCAAGGUGGCAUUCUUCAGACCAGCUGCUUGACACUUCUUUCUUUGACGAAGUGGAAAUCCUGUCUGGCCAACUUAGUGGUGAUCAGCAGCUCCUCCUUGAUUGUAUCAGUGAAGUUCUUCUGGAGGCAUAUGACUGUUCUUUUGGCUACUCCCCUUGGACAUCAUUUCUAAAACCCAUAAUUCGGUCACUCCCAGUAGAGGAAAAUUUCAUCCGUGAGGUAUGGGAAUGCAUUAAUUGGCAUCUUCUUCCACAGAGACCACAUCAUACACUAGACCAGAUUGUCAGAAAAGACAUGGGAAAAGCCAACAAAUGGAUGGAUCUCAAAUCCAACAUUGAGACUGUUGGCAAUGAAAUGGGAGACAUCAUUCUGGAAGAAUUGAUUGAAGACACAAUGUAUCAGCUGUAUGCAUGAAGCUGAACAGUAUAAAAGAUUUCCAAUGUUUCAUUCCAAAAGAUGGCACAACCAGGUCAUUGUGCUUAAGAUAAUCAAUAAUGUAUUAAAUAAAUAAACAAACACAGAAACCUUGUCUAUACCAUAUUACAAAUGC